GACAGACGAGAACAGCGGGAGGUGCGUGGUGAUGAUCCGCCCCUGAAUCUUCUGUGUAGCGUUGCUUGGCAACACCACGCCGUGACUUUCUGCUGCACUGUGUGGGUGACGUGAUGGCGAAGUUCGUACUUGCAGGAAAGGCAGACUGCCCAUAUUAUGCCAAAGCAGAACUUCUUGUUGACUAUCUUCAGAAAAACCUGCCACAUUUCAGCGUUCAUAAAAUCACCUGUCACCCUGAGGACUGGGAGCAAUGGAUCGCAGAACUUUGCCUAAAAAAUGGAUGGAAUGACAGGCACUCACCCAUAAUAUGGAGAGAGUUGUUGGAUCGAGGCGGCAAGGGAUUGCUGCUCGGAGGAUUUAAUGAGCUAAUGGAACAUGCACAGGAAUACUACAAUAUAAGUUCAGCUAUCUUGAGUGAGUUAAUGAAGGAUAUUGCAGCAGAAAACUUAGAAUCUCAUAUCAAUUUACACAUGGAAGAAGAGGAAGUAAAAAGACAGUUUAAACCUCUACAUGUUUGGAUUACCAGUGCAUCAAUGCCUACUUGCUACAGUUUAGUUCCUAUUCUGGCUACUGGUGAAGUCUUUGGUCCAGAGAAAGCUAUUUGGUUGCACUUAUUAGACAAUAGCCAAUCCAUGGAUACCCUGCAAGGACUGAAAAUGGAGGUGGAAGACUUAGCUUUUCCAUGUAUAAGACAAGUAACAUUGCACACAAUGGCUGAUGAUGUGUUUCUCCAAGCUGACUUUGUAAUUGUCCUUGAUGAUGUACUUCUGAAAACUGAUCAGUCCCCAGAAAAUUACAUAAAGAUGGUUACAGAAGAGUGUGCACAGUAUGGCAGGCUCAUUGACCGAAAUGCAAACAAGGAAGUGAAGGUGGUUGUGUCCGGAAGUACCUAUGCAAAUCUUAAAGCCCUAGUGGUGCUGAAAAAUGCACCAUCCAUCAAUAAUCAUCAUGUCGUGGCUUUAUCAACACAACUGGAGUUUGAGGCAAAAGCUCAGAUUGCAAAAAAGCUGAAUGUAAAUUCAUCAGUUGUAAAGGAUGUUAUUGUUUGGGGUAACAUCAGUGGUACUAAUCACCUUGAACUGAACCAAGCAAAGAUAUACAAGUAUGACAGUUCAAUAUGGGGUCCUUCCAGUUACUCGCGCCCUUUGCUUGAUAUGAUAUUUGACAGAAAAUGGACGAAGAAUGACCUAGUAAAAGAGUGGAAAAUUCGAAAGCAACAUCGUUCUGGCUUGUCUGCAGCUCACUCUAUUGCCAGUGUUCUGUCCUGGUGGCAACAGAAUUCAAACCAUGAAGAGAUUGUUUCCCUCGGUGUCCUUAGUGAAGGCCAUUUUAAUCUUCCAGAUGACAUGGUUUACUCCAUGCCAGUGCAAUUCAGAGAUGGAAACUGGAAGGUGUAUACCCAGGUUGACAUUUCUGAGGAUGCAAGAGAAAUAUUGCAACAAGCAGCCUCUGAACUCAUUGAGGAGAAACAUAUUGCUUUUGGGAUACCACAAGCUGAAGAAGCCAUAGAAAAGGAGGAACAAAUUAUCCAACAAGAAGAACAAAUUAUAAGAGGGGACACUCAAGAAAAUGGAAUUACUGAAUUAAACGUUUCAUCGUCUGAUCUUAAAACUUCUGUAAGAAACUUCUUUAAGGAUCUUCUUUCAUAAACUUCUGCAAGACAACUUGAAGUUCAUUCAAUAGAUACAAGAGGAAACAAGAGGAAACCAUCUGAACUGAAAUCUCCAAAGUGGAUGUUGUUAAUCAUCCUUAAAAAUAAAGAAAAAACGGCGCUAACUCCGAAUGAAAUAAAUAAGCUGCUACAUACAAACA